AUGAAGUCGACCAAGCCUGUACAGGCCGAGGCCUCUUCGCAUCGCAGGUCGCAACCUGUCCGACAGACUCGCACGAAUCCCCCGCGAAGCUCCAUCAAUGCCGGCCGCCUGGGCGCCAGAGAGCCCGCCUCUGGCCCGGUCGGCGACCAACCCAUCGACAUAUACCCUGCAAUCACACACUUUGCGGAUACAAUGACUGCUCUUCCGAAAGAGUUGGUCCGUCACUUUACACUUCUCAAGGAGGUUGACGCCAAAAUCUUCGCUCCCCAAGAGCACCUCUUCAAACUCGUCUCCGCCGCCACGCAGGCCUCUCUUCUCGGCGCCAACAGUAACAAUGAAGCUGCCAGCUCUGUUGCGCCUGCUUCUGCGCCAAUGAGCGCACAAGGCAGUUCGACUGGCGCUGCUCAAUCCAACCCUUUGGCACCAGCCUCGGCCGACGAACCCAGCACCGCUUCCGGUGUCUUUGAUCCGGUCAACAUUCCUCGCCGACAGCUGUUUCGUCAAACAGCUUUCAAAAUACAAGAAAUGCUGGUCUCUCUCGAAGAGAAGAACCAUGUCAUAUCGACCGCCAAUGAGGCUCUUCAGCACCAACUGGCUCGCGUGGAGGAUGUCUGGCCCUACCUCGAAAACGAGUUUAGCGACGAGGCGAAAUGGGGUAGCGCAACGCAUUGGGCAUACCCUGAAAAUCGAGGCGGCAAAGCCAACUUUGAGAGAGCUCGACGCGAUGGUGCUGCUGCUAUCUCUGCCGCUGCUCAAGCCUUGGCCGACGAGGCUGCGGCUCGGAGCGAUGCCAGGAAACAAGCUGUCCAGGCCAAAAAGAACAUGAGAAAUGCUAAUCACGGCGCUGAUAUGGAUGCCCCACGUGAGAAGAAGCCGUCGAGUAAAGCUAGAAAAGCUGAAGAUGGCGAUCAUGUUGGUCUUGGUAUCUCUGGUACCGCUAAUGGAAAUCCCCAAAAGAGGCGUAAGACUGAAAAGGCAGCUCCCGGAGGUACUCCUAUGGAGAGAACAAUAAGCUCGGCUCUCGGUAGUACAGCUUCCAAAGUCAAAGGCAGUAGCCCAAGGAUAACUCCAGCUCCUGAGGGAGCCAAGAAGCGUCGCGCUCUACCAACUGGAAGCGCACCUGCCAAGAAAAAGCCCGCUGCUCCUGGCAAAACUCCGUCCACGACAUCCUCGCCGAUUGUUAACAAUAUCUCCGAACCAAAGACUGGGGCAUCACCAGCACCCACAAGCGCCCCUCGACCCGCAUCCUCACGAGCCCGUCAAAAUUCCGUCAACUCUACCUCGGAGAACGGCAAGGCUCGUCGCCCAUCUGUCACAGCCAAAGUCACAAACGGCAACACUGCGGACAAGCCCGAUGUCGUUUUGGAGAAAACUGCAACCAUUACAGAAGUUCCUCUACCCAUCAAGAGCGAGCUCGGCAAAAAAGAUGGCGAGAAGCAGGAGGGCAACAUUGCAGCUGUCCCCACAGCCAACAAGAAAGAGUCACGGGUGGAACCACCUGAGAUCAAAGCCGAGACGACGCCAACAUUGCCGCAGCCUGCCACAGUUACUACCAAGAGUGGCAGAGCAAGCAAACCAUCCACUCCAGCGCUCGCUACAUUCCAGGACGCUGCUGCUGCUCGAGCUUCGAGAACGCGGAAUGAGGGCACCAAGAAGUCUCACCGAAAAAGCGGCACAACCCAUCUUGUUGCACAGCAGGCGGCCGAUGAUGACGCAACUAGCAGUAUGCAAGACGAGGAUGAAGGCGACAUUGAUGGCGAUGAGCCAACCUAUUGCUACUGCAAUAGCGUUAGUUAUGGCGAAAUGGUUGCCUGUGACUCCGAUGACUGCGAGCGUGAAUGGUUCCAUCUGGAUUGCGUUGGCCUCAAGGUUGCCCCCGGUUCCAAGACAAAAUGGUAUUGCGAAGACUGCAAAGAGCGACUCAGAUUAGCUGGUAAAAAGGUCAGUACCCGGUAA